UAUAAUUUAAAAAGUAGGGGCGGGGAAGGGAAGAGCGAGAGAGAUUUGGUUGAGAUGAGAUAGAAUCUGAAUUUAUUUUGAAAUUCCUUUGAUACAUUACUUCAUCACUCCAAGAGAAGGGAAGCAGCCAUGGCGGUUGAUACGAAAUUUGCGCGGUUAUUGGAGGAUUUGAAGGUAGAGGAUCCAUGGCUUCCCCCAAAUUCAUGGGAAUCCAUACCUUCUGAGAGUGGACUGCACUCUUCUUCAUCUUCUUCUCAUCCUCCAAAUCAACCUCUCUCUCACCUCUCCACUCUCUCUGAAUCUAGUUUGGUGAGGCUGGCCAUGAACGCGAUGCAAGGUGCAAAAUCAUCCCUUAUUAGCAUUCAAAGGAUAUCUGCCGUCUUUUGUUCUGAUCCAGCUGACAGGACCUUCCUCCACGUUCCCAACCUCUGGAAUCGUGCUUCCAGCACUCGUUCUUUGGGAAAUAUACUUAAAUCCAUUGGCUGCACGGCUUCUCUGGUCUUUCUUCUUCGCGCGUUUGUGGAUUAUUAUACAAAUAUGAAUGUGGAUAUCAGUUUUGGACACACUCAUCAUAAUUCUGAUGUGCUCCAAAGCCAGAUUCAUCAGGAUGACACAGUCAGAGCACAACAGUUCCCUCCAUUUACUCUUGUCAAUCAAGCCUUUGCUGUUGCUGUGGGAAAAGUCUUGGAAGGGUACAUAUGUGGAUUGGACACAAUUCAUACAUCUGUAAUCUUGAGGCGUUCAUCAAAAAACAUGCAUUUGACUGUUCCGGGGUGUUUGAAGAAUGUAGUGCAUUCUGAAAUUACACUACUUGAGUUUUAUCUGCACACAAAAGAACUAAAGACUCAGAUUGAAGCCCUUGCUAGUGUAUGUAACCUUCAAAAGUGGGCUCUUCGUUUUCCAGAUACUGCUUUUGAGGACCUGGUUACCCAGGCUACUUCUGAAUUUCGGAACUUCUGCAGAGGGGCAAAUCUGUUAACGUUUUUGUUUUCACAAUUACAGGUUGCUGAUCCUGCUCACUGCACUCUGCUGAAGUUUCUUUUCCUUCAAUCAUGUGAACCAUAUUGUGGGUUCAUUAGAUCAUGGAUUUUCAAAGCAGAAAUUCAUGAUCCAUAUAAGGAGUUUAUUGUAGAAAAUAUGGAGUAUUUACAUCUUAAAACACAUGUUAAAGUUGGCAAUGCUAUUGACUUUCCAUUGGCAAGUGUGAAGGUGCGAGAUGGAGUUCCCAUUCCUGAAUUUCUCAAAGAUUUCUUGGUCCCACUUGUUAGAGCUGGUCAGCAGCUUCAAGUACUGUUGAAAUUGCUUGAAAUGUGCAUUCAUGUUGCUUCUGGAGAACACAGUUGUGAUGACUUUGUACCCUGCUGGAGUGGCUUUUCAAGCAGUGGUCUGUCUUAUUCAUCUCCAUUGGCUUUCAGCAAGGAUGUUAUAGAAGCUAUGGUGCUUGCUAGAGAAAAUUAUUAUAAAGGGAUGAAUGAGAAAAUUGGAAGUCUUUUGAGCAGUUUAGAAGUUAGAUAUCUGCAGGUAGCUAUGCAUGCUUUAGUGCCUUCUUUUGGUAAUGGUGGAGGUACCUUAGACAAACUAGACCAGAUCAUGUCAGAAAACAAUAUAGCAGAUAAAAGAAGUUUAAAUAUGGGCAUUGGUGAUUUAGGCUCUGAUGUCUCAAGCACAGUAGAUGAGUUCUCCUUGCUGGAAGAUGUGUAUGAUAUAUCUGAAAGUUCAUCCACGAACAGCUCUGUGGAGCAAUUGGAUUGUGAUCAGCUAAGUAAUUGGUCUUGUCCGGUAGUUGGGCAACAAAAUCAUUUAUCUGCUUUAAGCUUCUUGAAGAGUGCCACCUUAAAUAAUUCAAUACAAAAUUCCUUUCAUCAUGAAAACUCAGGCAGUGAUUCACAUGAACUUUGUGAUAGAAGGGAUGCUACUGAUCACUUGGUGCAGUCCUCCCAUGAGGGAAUGAUAUCAAGUCACAAGUCUAAUUCUCCAAAACCAGGGAAUUCAAGCUGCUCAUGUAAAUCCAGUAUUCAAUAUAGAGAGAGUUUGAUUGUCCGUUGUUCUGCAAUGGGUGAAUUUUUGAAAACUUCAUUUGAUAACGAUGGAGUUGUUGAGGCAAAGCUGAAUGAAAAGCACCUGGGAUCCCUGAGAUAUUCUAUGUUAUGCCAUGAUGUUAUUACUGCUAGUGAUACUUUGAGUGGGGAGGCCAUGAUGGAGGAUCAAACUGACAAUGGUACACUCAUUUCACAAUUGUAUGAUUUCCAACCGCAGAAAUAUUGCCGUCAGUGUAAUUAUCCUAGCAUUAAUCCCCUUAGUGUGAAUCCUAUGUUGACAAGAAAUUCAGUUCUUCACCUGAUGAGUGGGAAUGAGGAAAAAUACAAGGCUGAACAUGGACAGCUUUUGCCUUACUUCAACUUUUCUACUGUGGAGGACCCAUGUAAGGUUUAUAUGGACAAAAUACCCACUAACUCUAGAUGUAGCAGUGCAUGUUCAUUUACGCUACAUAAUAAUGUGUCAACUCAUAAUGCUGAGAAUAAUGAACGAGAAGAAAUUGGCUGUGGUAGAGAGAAUGGGUUAGUUGAUGUUCCAAAUUUAUGUUCUUCACUUGACUUCAUGGACCAUAAAUAUUUAAAUGUUGUGUCUGGUGGGAGCAGCUGGGAAAGAUUGCUGAGUAGUUUUGAAAAAACUGUCAAUUGUGAUGAUACUCAAAAACGAAGUUUGUCGUCAACAUUUGAUAUACCACUUGAUAUUAUAAUUGACAAGUGCUUGCUUCAGGAAAUCAUGCUUCAAUACAAUUAUGUCAGCAAGCUUACCAUCAGUGUCCUCGAGGAAGCAUUUAAGUUACAAGAUCAUCUUUUGGCACUACGGCGGUAUCAUUUUAUGGAAUUGGCAGAUUGGGCAGAUUUGUUUAUCUUGUCUCUUUGGCAUCAUAAGUGGUCUGUUACUGAAGCAAAUGAGAGACUUUCAGAAAUUCAAGGUCUACUUGAGUUGUCAAUUCAGAAGUCUUCUUGUGAACAAGAUUCUCACAAGGAUAUGUUGUUUGUGUAUAUGAAAGGACAUGGGAAAUUGCCUCUUUCUGCAUCUGCUAUUGGGGUUCGUUCUUUUGAUUUCUUAGGGCUGGGUUACCAUGUGCACUGGCCACUCAGUAUUGUUUUAACACCUGCCGCGUUGAAAAUAUAUGCUGAUAUAUUCAGCUUUUUGAUACAAGUGAAGCUUGCCAUUUUUUCAUUGACAGAUGUGUGGUGCUCAUUAAAGGAUUUGAUGGACGCAACCAACAAAGAUAAAAAUUCUGAACUACAACUUGAGGCAGGGCAUCUUAAUAUAUUGAUGAAGAUGAGGCACCAGAUAAACCAUUUUGUAUCUACUUUGCAGCAGUAUGUUGAGUCACAAUUAUCUCAUGUAUCAUGGUGCAGGUUUCUUCAUUCCCUUGAACAUAAGGUUAAAGAUAUGAUGGAUCUUGAAUCAGUGCACAUGGAAUAUCUUGCUGAUUCAUUAUGCAUAUGUUUCCUCUCUGACGAAACAAAGGGAGUUGGCAGCAUUAUUGAGAGCAUUCUGCAAUGUGCACUGGAUUUCCGGUCUUGUAUUACUUUUGGAGCUUGGGAUUCAGAAGAUUUGUCGGGCAAACUUUCCAAAAUCAAUAUAUCCCAGGUGCUUUCUAUAAAGCAGAAGUUUGAUAGAAGUCUAAAAGAACUACACAUAUGCUAUAUUAAGGGACCUAAACAUGGGAAUUUUGGGCUUUCUCGUUUUUGGGACUAUCUCAACUAUAAUGAAUAUUAUUCAAAUGUUAGUAAUGAAAUUGUGUGUUAUGCUGUUUGAGAUAUACCAGUUUUGACGAUGAAUACCAUGAGGUUCAGGUUUGAGAGGUCAAAAUUUCUCUAACGUAA